AUGCCCAAGAGGAAGGUCAGCUCAGCAGAAGCGGUGGUGAAGGAGGAGCCCAAGAGGAGGCUGGUGAGGUGGUCAGCUAAACCUGCUCCUGAAAAAGUGGACACCUACCCAAAAAGCCAGCAGGAAAAGGAAAAAUCUUCAGUCAAGGAUGUGCAAAGAAAAGGGAAAAGGGGAGCAAAAGGAAAACACGCUGAAGUGGCUAACCAAGGCUCUAAAGAUUUACCUGCAGAAAAUGGAGAAAUUAAAAACUAGAAGAGUCCAGCCUCGGAUGAAACAGGAGAGGAAGAAGCCAAGUUGAUCAAUGUUUGUCUACCCUGUCUUAUCAGUGGUCCCUGUAUCUCCCUUAUUGUACAAUCCAGAGAAAUACUUUUAUCACCUAUUUUAUAAAUAUAAGUUUUUUAAUAUCU